AUGGCGAACAAGUACUGGACAGUGUCUCUUCCCGUUCACAACUCCGCAUCUCAACUCUGGAACCAAAUUCAGGAAGGAAUCUCCAAACAUUCCUUCGAUACUCCUCUCUACAGAUUCAACAUCCCUAACCUCCGCGUCGGAACCCUAGAUUCUCUCCUCUCUCUCAGCGAUGACCUUGCCAAGUCGAACAAUUUCGUUGAAGGAGUGACGCACAAGAUCAGGCGCCAGAUUGAGGAGCUUCAGAGAGUUUCCGGCGUGGACAGCGGCGGUCUCACCGUAGACGGCGUCCCCGUGGAUUCCUACUUGACCAGGUUUGUUUGGGAUGAGGCCAAGUACCCCACCAUGUCGCCUUUGAAGGAGAUUGUGGAUGGCAUUCACAGUCAAGUGGCAAAGAUUGAGGAUGAUCUCAAGGUUCGUGUUUCUGAGUACAAUAAUAUCCGUAGUCAGCUUAAUGCUAUCAACCGAAAGCAAACUGGAAGCUUAGCAGUCCGUGAUCUUUCCAACCUGGUAAAACCUGAGGACAUCAUAACUUCAGAGCAUUUAAUUACCCUCCUUGCAAUUGUUUCCAAGUAUUCACAGAAGGAUUGGCUUUCAAGCUACGAAACAUUGACAGUUUAUGUCCCCAGGUCUUCUAAGAAGUUGUAUGAAGACAACGAAUAUGCUCUUUAUACUGUAACACUCUUCAGUCGUGUUGCAGAUAAUUUUAGAACUAGUGCGCGAGAAAAAGGGUUCCAAAUUCGUGACUUUGAAUACAGUCAAGAAACACACGAAAACCGAAAGCAAGAGUUAGAUAAAUUGGUUGAAGAUCAGGAAAGAUUGAGGGCUUCUCUGUUGCAAUGGUGCUUUACCAGUUAUGGAGAGGUUUUCAGUUCCUGGAUGCACUUUUGUGCUGUGCGUUUAUUUGCUGAGAGCAUUCUGAGAUAUGGUCUGCCACCGUCUUUCUUGGCAUGCGUUUUAGCUCCUUCUGUAAAAUCUGAGAAGAAAGUACGGUCUAUCCUUGAAGGUUUGAGUGAUAGUACAAACAGGCAAGUGGCUUAUCAAUGUGCAUACUGGAAGAUUGAGGAUGAAGUUGGUACUGGGAUGGUUGGGCUUGCAGGUGAUUCCGAUGCCCACCCAUAUGUUUCUUUCACUAUCAAUCUUGCUUGA